UACGUUUUCUCUUUACGUACGCAUCUCAAAUAUAUUAGCAACAUCGAUCGAUCUCACAACACUCAGGAAUUGAGAGAGAAAAACAAGAAUGAGGAGGAACUCUCUCUAUAUUGCUGCAUUCGUGCUUGUUUUACUUUGUGUUCCAAUAAUCAUCUCGGCAAGGCACAUAAACCGGUCACGUUCACUAGGACAUGGUGGGCAUCCAGAUCCAGGAGAGAAAAACACAAAAGAUGGAAUGAACAUAGUGGCAAAAGAAAAGUUGCAUUGGGAAGGAAGAGUAGUGGCAAGGAAACGUAUUGGUCGUGGCCCCGACACACUAGAAAUAGCGGGUUCGAGGUUGCCUGAUUGCUCUCACGCGUGUGGAUCAUGCUCGCCAUGCAGGUUGGUGAUGGUCAGCUUUGUUUGUGCAUCGCUUGCGGAGGCUGAGUCCUGUCCAAUGGCUUACAAGUGCAUGUGCCAUAACAAGUCCUAUCCUGUCCCAUAACCUCUAAUUUCAAUUUCUAUCCCCGUCUAACAUAUAUACUGCUAAUUUUCUGGGGUUUUUUUUCUCCCUCUCUUUGUUGUUCUGCUUCGUAAACACGGAUUCCUAGCUAUAAACAUGGUUUUUCGCAA